AUGGGCACGAUGCGUAAGAAAACUCAAGUGUCGUUCGUGAUCAGAGACGAGGAGGAACGGCGGCAUAAAAAUGGUGUUAGUUCACUGCAACUUGAUCCAAUACAGGGAAGACUGUAUUCGGCCGGCAGGGAUGGUAUUAUUCGUGUGUGGAGUACUGCGAAUGGAGUCCAAGACCGGUACAUCCAGAGUAUGGAGCACCAUACCGAUUGGGUGAACGAUAUAGUGUUAUGUUGCGGCGGAAAAAACUUAAUUAGCGCAUCGUCGGAUACGACUGUAAAGGUAUGGAAUGCCCCUAAAGGCUUUUGUAUGUCGACGUUACGAACUCAUAAGGACUAUGUACGAACUUUAGCGUACGCUAAGGACAAGGAACAGGUCGCCAGCGCGGGACUGGACAGAGCAAUCUUCCUUUGGGAUGUGAACACAUUGACAGCUUUAACGGCCAGUAAUAAUACGGUAACAACAUCAAGUCUUGUUGGCAACAAGGAGUCCAUAUACAGUUUGGCUAUGAAUCCUCCUGGGACUAUCCUAGUGAGUGGUUCUACAGAGAAAGUACUUCGUGUGUGGGACCCUAGAAACUGUUCAAGACUAAUGAAGUUAAAAGGACAUGCUGACAAUGUUAAAGCUUUAGUUGUGAGUAGGGAUGGCACACAGUGUGUAUCAGGCAGUUCUGACGGUACAAUAAAAUUGUGGUCUUUAUCACAGCAACGGUGUGUGUCUACUAUAAGAGUGCAUUCUGAAGCUGUAUGGGCCUUGUUAGCUACCGAAACCUUCUCGCACAUCAUAUCUGGUGGACGAGAUAGGCUAGUCAUUAUAACAGAGUUACGAAACCCUGAUAAUUUUAUGAUAGUAUGUGAAGAAACUGCCCCUAUACUUAAACUAUGCUUUACUGCGGACCAGAGUGGAGUUUGGGUGUCAACGUCCGAAUCUGAUGUCCGUUGCUGGAAACUGCCCCCACUAAAUUCUUUAGACAUGUAUAAUCAAAAUAAUUAUAAUACUAACAAUGUGUACCAAACACAGCCUUUACACAACAUUCCUGGUGGACCUGCAAUCAAACAUUAUACAGUAUUAAAUGACAAAAGACAUGUGGUAACGAAAGAUACCGCAAACAACGUAGCUUUAUAUGAUGUGCUUAAGGCUUGUAAAAUAGAAGAUUUAGGAGAAGUAGAUUAUGAUGAGGAAGUGAAGAAACGAUUCAAGAUGGUUUACGUUCCGAAUUGGUUCAACGUUGACUUGAAGACAGGAAUGUUGACAAUACAUUUAGGUCAGGAUGAGACCGAUUGUUUAAGUGCUUGGGUUAGUGCAAAAGAAGCUGGGUUAACUACGGAGAAUGAUCAGAAGGUGAAUUUCGGAGCUCUAUUGCUGCAGGCCCUCUUGGAUCAUUGGAAUCAUCCGAAUAGAGUGAAUGAGGCAGGACAGAGAGUGAUUGGGAACAAUUACUUUAGUGUACCGCAACACACUCCGCUUAUAUUUAGCGAAGUUGGUGGACGGACUCUGUAUAGAUUGCAAGUUGGUGAUGCGGGUGGAGAAACCGAAGGUAACCUUUUAGUGGAGACGGUACCAUCCUGGGUGGUGGAUGUGGCAAUAGAGAUGGCGGCUCCCAAACUGAACAAACUGCCUUUCUAUUUGUUACCACAUUCCAGCUGCCAGAGCAAACAAGAUCGGCAAAAGAAGGACCGCCUAGUAGCAAAUGACUUUAUACAAUGCCGUAAGGUGGCUGAGCAUGUGGUUGAGAAGAUAGUCGGAGGUGGUGACGUGAACGGUGCGAGCGCCGGCAGUGGUCGCGCCAGCGCCAAUGAGGAUAGUGGCAACGACGCACCGGAGGAACGCGUCGAGUUACUGUGUUGUGAUCAGGUGCUGGACCCCAACAUGGACCUCAGAACAGUCCGUCACUUCAUAUGGAAAUCAAAUGUAGAGUUCACACUACACUACAGAGUUCUAAAACAAUGA